GGGUGUGUUCUCAACCCACCAUGGUGAUUUUCAAUAACACUACAUCAUCUUCCUCAAACUUCCUACUCACUGCAUUUCCUGGUCUGGAACUUGCACAUGUCUGGAUCUUUAUUCCUGUCUGCUGUCUCUAUGCCAUUGCCCUCUUGGGAAACAGCACGAUUCUGUUCGUCAUCAUUGUUGAGAGGAGUCUUCACAAGCCCAUGUACUAUUUCCUCGCCAUGCUGUCAGCUGUUGAUCUAUGUCUGACCAUCUCAACCCUUCCCACUGUUCUUGGGGUUCUCUGGUUUCAUGCCCGGGAGAUUAGCUUGAAAGCUUGCCUCAUUCAAAUGUUCUUUGUACAUGGCUUCUCCUUCCUGGAGUCUUCAGUGCUGGUAGCCAUGGCCUUUGACCGCUUCAUGGCUAUCUGUAACCCACUGAAGUAUGCUAUUGUCUUCACAGACAUGAUAAUCUUGUUGAUUGGACUGGUCAUCUGCAUACGGCAAGUAAUUUUAAUCUUUCCCAUGAUUCUAGCCUUGACGAGAGUAUCUUUCCACGGAGGCCAAGAGCUUUCCCACCCAUUUUGCUACCAUCCAGAUAUGAUUAAAUACACAUAUUCCAACCCCUGGAUCAGCAAUUUUUUGGGCAUGUUUCUUCAGCUCUACCUGACUGGCACUGACUUACUGUUCAUUCUUUUCUCCUACGUUCUGAUUCUCCGAACCGUCUUGAGUAUCGUGGCCCCUAAGAAACAACAAAAAGCUCUCAGCACUUGUGUCUGUCACAUCUGUGCUGUCACUGUUUUCUACGUGCCAAUGAUCAGCCUGUCCUUUACACACCGCCUUUUCAGCUCCACCCCAAAAGUGGUCUGUAGCAUUUUGGCCAAUGUUUAUUUGUUCUUACCACCUGUACUGAACCCUGUCAUUUACAGCUUGAAGACCAAGACCAUCCGCCAGGCUAUGCUCCAGCUGCUCCACUUUAAGGGCUCACAGGGCCCCAGUGUGAAGAGUCAUAGAGGACCCUGGGGUUGA